UGUCAUUUGUUAGACCUGGAUGUUACAUACUCUAAAAGAGUGUCGAUUAAAAAGUAAUAAUUAUUAUUUUCAAUAUUUUGUUUUUAUUAAUUCAUCAUUGACACACAGUUGUGACAGUUAAAUUUUUCGGAGUAAAAAUUAAACGAAAUUUUUGUUUAGAUUAAUUUAAUGUGUUGUUUAUUAAGCAAGCUUAGCCAUGCUGCUUACGGAUAUUCUGCGCAGAUGUGUCAAAAUAUCUUUGUUUGUCAACUUACGUGGUUCAUAAUAAUGUGAUGAGUAAAAAUCGCAAUAUUUUCUUUUUACUAUUUUAAGAGAAUACUCACUCCAUGAGCAAAAAGUUAUCAACAGUCUUUUCGACCCUAAAUUUUCACAACGAUUGGUAGGUUCAUUUCAGAAUGGCUCAAAUAAAUGAAACCUCUAAAUCUUCGGAAGAUCAUGCUGGAGAUGAACUUCUUUCGUCAGAAGAAUGGAUGAUUAUUGGUGACAAAGAGUCAAGUGAUAAUAUAAGUGUUGACAGUAGCAAAGAAAAUAAUAAAAUUGAUAAUAGUACUGGUGAUAAUGAUGAUAAUAAUGAUGAUGACGAUGACGAAGAUGAUGAAAAAAGUACUGCUGAAGUAGCAAGAGAAGCUAUUCAAGUUCUUGGUGAUCAAGAAUCUGAUAGAAACUUUGGAGGAGAAGAAUCUCUAAUACCUGAAACAUUAAUAGCUGGUCAAUUUCCAGCUUUGAAAGAUGAUGAUUCAGACGGAAUAUCUGUGAUAACGGAAUCUGAAAGAAACGAUGAUAGUAUUUGCAAGUGUAUAACUGAGAUUGUCAAUACAAAGGACAAUGUCUUUUUAACGCCAGCAACUUGUAUUCACAUAGUAAUUGCAUGUCUAUUGGCAGUAUCAAUUGGAUUUGGCAUUGGUUGGUAUGUCAGUUUGGAAAAACCCCAAAUGCCGACAAAUGAUGUUAAUUUUAAACCAGCAAAAAAUGGAAAAUUGCUUAAUGACAUGAAUAAACUAAAUUUAGAUGACUCUCUUGUGAUAUUAAAUUCGAAUCCUGAAUUGGCGUCAGUUGUGUCGAAACACAUUUUGAAUGGAGUACAGAAACCUAUAAUGAAUGACAAAAAUCUCAAUGAGAAUUUUGUACUGGGAGAUAUACUUAAAAAUGUUAAUAUAUUUAUUGAUACACUUUGUACAAUGAUUGACAAUAUGAAUUUUGAUUCUACGGGUUUAAAUUAUAGAUGCAAUUAUACUGCGUUUAAUUUAAUGAGUCUUAAAAAUAACAUAGAAAGUAUUAAUAUGUUAUCUAAAUUAACAGAAGAAAAUCCAAAUCCAAGGUUCCAAGACAAUAUGAAAUCAAGAAUUGAUGAUGUUUCCGUGUCUUUUGUUAAUGAUUUAUCAAGAUCUAUUGAAUCUUCUGUACGGAAAAUGAAUCAAAAACUCAAUAAAAUGAAAUACAAGCUUCAUCAUAAAGUAUGUUUGAUGCAAAAUGCAAUGAAAAAUAACUUGGAUGGAAUGAAACAAAUUAAAGAUCUUGGAAUAAAUUGUACUUUUGAGUUUGAAAAGCAUGGAGCAAAUUUUGAAUUGAAAACAAAAGGAGAGAAAAGAAAUUUGAAGAAACCAGAGAAAGUUUAUUCUCAUCCUAUAGGACCAGAUGUAAAACAGAAAGCUAACUAUAAAAAUAAAAAGGUAGACUCGAACAUCUAUCCAGACAAUAAGCAAUUGAAUGAGAGAAUAAUAAAAAGUCCAGAAGAAAAUAAGGGAUCGAAGCAAUAUAAGAAAAGAAAGAUGGAAAAAAAGUAUAAUGAUAAAAAUUCAUCUGAGUAUAGUGAAUUAAAGGUAUCUGAUUAUAUUGAUGAAGAUUUAGAAAAAUCAAUUCAAGAUACAUCUCAAAUGAAAUAUCAUAAAAAUGAAGAUGAUUGGAAGAAAUAUGCUAAAAGAGAUUAUGAAAAUACAUGCCACACAAAGCCAUGUAUGAAUCAAAAAAAUAAAGAUAGAAAGUAUUCUCAAGAGAGAAGUAAUGGUAAUUGGCAAUUUAAAAGAUCUGAGGGGCGUGAUAAUUGGAGAACAGAAAAAAAAGCUGAUGUUGAAACUAUUUCGUGGGAUCAUGAGCGUUCUAAGGCUCGUGAAAGUGCAAGAUUAAAAUAUUGAUUUUUUAUUAAAAUGACUAAUGUGACUUAUGUUCGUGUAGUUGAAAUAAGAAAUAUAAAAAAGAUUAAAUUAUAUUUAAUAAUUAGGUAAUAGAAAAAUCAAACGUUCAAAAUAACCAAUGCAAAUUUAAACUACUAACAUACAAUUGUAUUAUAAACAAAAUAAAUUAUGUGUUUCGGUAAUGUAUCAUCAGUAUUGAACACUGGAAUCUCCAGAAAAUUUUAUAAUUAUUACCUAAAA